UCAGGGAAUUCAAUCAUAAAUUCUGGCAAGCGGCAAUCAAAUUUCGAAGAAAUAGAGCUCUCCGUCCGAUUUUGAUUAAUGGAUCUCCUAGAGAUCAAUUAUCGAGAUUGGUAGCUAUGUUAGAAGAAUCUGCACCAAGACGCAAUCAAUCCCACACAAGAUUAUACUUACUAGCAAAAAUGGGUGAACUAAUCGCCCAACAACCCGAAUUAGAAGAGCAUGCUAAUUAUUUGGUACAAGAUCCCGAACGAAAAAAAACCAAACAAAAUAGGCUUCGGGUAGCGAAGCUGUUAUUUGAAUUAUUUCCAACGCAAUAUGAAUUAUUGCGGCAUACUGAACAAAUUUCAUAUAGUAGGCUUCAAGAAUUAAAUAAUGUUGAGAUCAUACAGCUGCGGCAAAUGGUUGCUGUUUGGUUGUGGUAA